GUUCAGCGCAGUUUGUGCUCGCUGGCGAUCGGUUUGCGGUUGUUGUUUGCGGUUGUUGAGGUGGUGGAGCUGUUGUGUGUGUUGGCAGUGCUGAGACUUGGACUUGGACUGUGGCAGUGCAACAUGGUGAGGAUGGGGAGGGUGCGGAGGAGCAGAGCUGCCGCUGUAAGCAUGAUGCUGAUGGUGGCAGCGGCGAUGAUGGUGGUAAUGAUGGCAGCGGUGGCACCGCAGCUGGUGUGCGGUGCAAGUGCCGUUGACGACGACCCACUGGCCAACGACGUGACGCAGCUGCAGGGGCGUAUCCCGCCGUCGUCUCCAGUGGUGUCCGCGACCACGGCGUCGCCAGAGACACAGGACACAGAGGAGCAGCUGCACGAGGAGGUGCACCCACGAGCCGAUGAUGCGCAAGAAGACCCGGAGGCGCAGCAGGAAAGAAACAUACAAGAAGAAGGAGACGAACUCAAGGAAACGAAGGAGAUGCAACAUCAGCAGGGGACACCAGACUCGUCUUCAAAGAUCAGUGCCUCCAAUGACGGCGAUGGCGCUGAGCAGGAGGCAACGCAGUCUGAGCAGGAAGCAAUCACCCCAACAGUGACAGAGAAGAUGCCAGAGACGACCUCUGAUGACAAACAGCAGCCAGAAGAACAACAGCGUGCAGCACUGGGCUGGUGGAUGUGGUGGAUGGACAUGUUGGAUACAUACAGCAUGUCGUUCAUGCGCGUCUUCCUGGAGCAGUGGGUUAUCGGGCGUGUUCAGGAAUGUCUCACCGGCACGGAGGGCGCGUGUGGGGUGAAGCUGCCACUACCGCUGGUUGUUGGCGGGUUUCUCGUCGCAGCCACAGCCGCCGUCCUUGCCGCCGGCCUCAUGACAGAGCAAAACGCCUCCAACAAGGAGAGCGUCAACUGGCUUAACAUGUGGUGGACAGAGCACGCGCCGCGCUUCGGUCGCGAGCGAUUGCAGCGCGUCCUCGUUCGCGCCCUCAACGACGAGUUUCAACCGGCACAACAGCCGCUCGGCACAUCCGUGCGGCCGUUGAAGGUGUUGUCGGUGAGCCUUGAGUCGUGCCCGCUGCCGACGCUGUCCAAGAUGCGGUGCUUUGGUGUCGACACGAGCACGGGAUCGCGCCAGCUGUUUCUCGCCUGCGAUAUCCACAUCCGUGGCAGCAAGGGCAGUGGCGCCAUGACGAUGGAGGUUGCAGUUCCCCCGAGCCACCGCAUCACAACCACUGUCGUCUCCCUCAGGGCAAAGGCGUUUUUCACAAUGACGCCUGGCGACGACGCUGUUGCUUCGCUCAGUCUGCGCAACGUGCGGGAUGUCAAGCUCGCAUCCACCAGCCACACGGGCCAGAUUUCGACGUCGCUGAUUCAUCCGCGCAUCAUCAAAGCCCUCAAGUCCUUCAUCACGGCCCCAAAGUCCCUGCAGUGGCACUUGAGCGACCCACCCCCAACGGAGACAGCGAACAUUCUCCGCCAUGUUCCUGGAAUUCGAUCGUCACAGGCGCCCAGCCGCGUUGCAUCGCACACCACCACAACCAGUGACGCCCUGUCAAAGUUUAGAGAUGGCGAGGACGUGAACAUCAAGCUGUCGUUCAUAUCCGCCCAGGAUCUCAUCACCGCCAGAGCAGACACCAGCGUCUCCUGCACAGUCACCGUCGACAGCCCUUCGCAGCGGUUCCGCACGCGCAUUGUCGGCGUCCACGACAGCAGCUGCCACUUCUCAGACGAGACUGUCAUUACAUUGCACAUGGAGUCGAGUGUUGUGUUUGAGGUGUUUGAAGAGUCACCCGCCACCGUGUGCAUCGGCACAGCAAACAUGAGCGCAAAGCACCUGCUCACAGACCCCAACAAGCUCUUCCCAAUCUCGCUGCGGGGUCGCCUCACAAAUAUGGAAAUCCCCAAGGGUGUGCUCACUAUUCGCUGGCGGCCCGCCAAACCAGGAGAUCCCGCUCCUGCGCCGUCGUCGCCAAUGUUGUCGCGAUCCAAUCGCAUGUGGCCCUCCAGUGCAGACGCAACCCCGCGCCGCCUCAGCGUCAAAACAGACGCGCCUCCAGUCCACUCGCAGUACAGCACAAACGCGCACGCGCACACCCACACGCACAUGCCUCCACCGCACAUUACCAGCGGCACCGACCUGGUACUGCGGCAGCUGCAGCACGCGGGCACGUCAGCGUCACGUUUGUCCAAUCACGGACAGCACCAACAACACCAACAACGACAGCAACAGCAACAGCUUCCCACCAUGCAGGAGCACGCUGCUGUUGUUGUUGACGGCAAUGACAUGAACGGGGUCGCAUCACCGCCCAUAUCUCCACAGCACCGGCUGCUGCCAACACAGCCGCCGACACGGCUCAGCCAGGAUGCGCUGGCGCGAUUGGACGCAGAGCAAGCCGGCAACACGUCGGCGUUGACUGCGCCGAGCGUGAUCUCUGGAAUGAGCGGGCUGACGGACGUGAGCCACGGCACGGGAUGGGCCAUCCCAGGCCGCAGACCCGUCGUCCUCGUCGAGACAACACACUCGUAUGGAACGCAUUUGUCGGUGGAGAACGCCUCGGAAGUGCCCCCUCACAUCGCCAGAUGGAAGGGCAAGACGCGCCGGCUGUAUGUGAUGAACGGCCACGCGUUUACGGCGAGCAAAGUCACGUCGUCUUCUGAACGAUGUGCUGUGAGCAACAACAAGCUCGCGCGUGCCCUCUCCCGCAAGUGCUAUCGCUGCAAAUACUGUGGCAUUGCCGUCGAGAAGACGCGCAUCCCCGAUGUGGAGGAGACGUGUGCGAGGAGCCAGCUCCCAGACAUGACACUUGGAAGCUUCAGCCACGAGCGUAUGCAGCACAGUGUGACUGGCAGUGUGGUGGAGCUUGCCCAGCCCAGCUCUCGCCCGCAGAGCACACCUGCAACGCCCCGAUAACACACACUGCUUUGCUUUGCCCCCCCCCUUUUUUGGUUCGCUUUUUCUUGCUCUGUGCUUGCUCGGUUACAUCAAUGAACUUUUUUCUUCCUGUUGCUUUGUUGCGUUGUGUUGUUGUCGAGAGCGCGUGGAUGGGUGUCGGGAAUCAUUCCGCUUGUGUGGUUGUUACGUUUGCAUUACACAGUACGCCAUUUGGUUGUGCGUGCGUGUAAACUCGGAGCGGGUGCAUGCUGGCUGGCAGGACGUCAUGUUCACCGUGCACAUGAAAUUUUGGUUACACCUG